CCCGGGCCGAGGGCAGCGCUCUUCGCGGCUCCAGGUGGCGGGGCGGCGGCGCCAUCCGGGCGGGGGCUGCUGGGUCAUUCGUCAGUGCCUCCCACCGGCCGGGGCCGUUUGGCUUCGGAGCCUCUUGUGGUCCUCUGUCCCAACCCCGGCCCCGGCGGCGCGGCCCUGGCCGGCCCCAGGCCGUGGUCGUCUCCCUUAAUCCUCUUAGAGCUCAGCCUGCCCGUGUCAGGCGCUGGUCAAGUUCUCCAAGGCCCAGCCCAACCCCGACGGACAGACGCUUACUAUCAUUUCCUGGCCGACUUGUGCCACCCAUCCUGCCCUCGCGGGAUGGCUUCCCUCUGGCCGGCUUUCUCCUCACUGUCCAGUCCGCGGAGUCCGAAGGAAGAAGAUGAGCCUUAAGUCUGAACGCCGAGGAAUUCAUGUGGAUCAAUCGGAACUCCUGUGCAAGAAAGGAUGUGGUUACUACGGCAACCCUGCUUGGCAGGGUUUUUGUUCCAAGUGCUGGAGGGAGGAGUACCACAAAGCCAGGCAGAAGCAGAUUCAGGAGGAUUGGGAACUGGCAGAGCGACUGCAGCGGGAGGAGGAAGAAGCCUUUGCUAGCAGUCAGAGCGGUCAAGCAGCCCCAUCCCUCACGUUUUCCAAGUUCGAAGAAAAGAAAACCAAUGAGAAGACCCGCAAGGUCACCACCGUGAAGAGGUUCUUCAGCGCUUCAUCCAGGGUUGGAUCAAAGAAGGCAGAAAUUCAGGAAACCAAAGCUCCCAGUCCUUCCAUAAACCGGCAAACCAGCAUUGAAACAGAUAGAGUGUCUAAAGAGUUCAUAGAAUUUCUCAAGACCUUCCACAAGACAGGCCAAGACAUCUAUAAGCAGACCAAGCUGUUUUUGGAAGCAAUGCAUUACAAAAGGGAUUUAAGCAUCGAGGAACAAUCAGAGUGCACUCAGGAUUUUUACCAGAAUAUGGCUGAAAGAAUGCAGACUCGUGGAAAAGUGCCUCCAGAAAAAGUUGAGAAAAUAAUGGAUCAGAUUGAGAAAUACAUCAUGACUCGCCUCUAUAAGUAUGUGUUCUGUCCAGAAACUACUGAUGAUGAGAAGAAAGAUCUCACUAUUCAAAAGAGGAUCAGAGCCCUGCACUGGGUUACACCUCAGAUGCUUUGUGUCCCUGUUAAUGAAGAAAUUCCAGAAGUGUCUGAUAUGGUGGUGAAAGCGAUUACAGACAUCAUCGAGAUGGACUCGAAGCGUGUGCCCAGGGACAAGCUGGCCUGUGUCACUAGGUGCAGUAAGCACGUCUUCAGUGCCAUCAAGGUCACCAAGAACGAGCCAGCCUCAGCCGACGAUUUCUUGCCCACUCUCAUCUACAUCGUCCUGAAGGGCAACCCCCCACGCCUGCAGUCUAACAUCCAGUAUGUCACUCGCUUCUGUAACCCCAGCCGGCUGAUGACUGGAGAGGAUGGCUAUUAUUUCACCAAUUUGUGCUGUGCCGUGGCUUUCAUUGAGAAGUUAGACGCUCAGUCUUUGAAUUUAAGUCAGGAAGAUUUUGAUCGAUAUAUGUCUGGCCAGACUUCUCCCAGGAAGCAAGAAUCUGAGAAUUGGUCUCCUGAUGCUUGUUUAGGUGUUAAGCAGAUGUAUAAGAACUUGGAUCUCCUGUCUCAAUUGAAUGAACGACAGGAAAGGAUUAUGAGUGAAGCCAAGAAACUUGAAAAAGACCUAAUAGAUUGGACGGAUGGAAUUGCAAAAGAGGUUCAAGACAUUGUUGAGAAAUGUCCACUUGAAAUUAAGCCCCCAAAUCAGUCUUUAGCAGCUAUUGACUCUGAAAAUGUUGAAAAUGAUAAACUUCCUCCACCACUGCAACCCCAGGUUUAUGCAGGAUGAGAAAAAUGUACAUGGAUAAUAUUUAUUUCAGCCUAAAUUGUAGCUAGCCUUUACCACAGUCCACUGAUUGGAUCUAGAGUAUAACUUAAUUGCUUAUAAAUGUCAGCAUUUUUAAAGGUACAGUUUGUGGGGAUUGUUUUUGUUUUGUUUUCCCUUGCAGGGGAAGCUUAGUAAAUAAUAAAGCACUAUUUAUUUGAGUUACUGAAAUAGAUUCACUUAAGUCAUGUGUGAAAAUUUUAUCUAAAUCUAUUUUUCUCCAUGAUUUUCCCAUGUGCUUCCUUUGUAGCAUUCAAAGUGGUUUGAAUUUGGGUAAAUAAUUGCCUCUUAAAGGAUAAAACAAAUGCUACAAGAUGUAUGUUUAAGGGAAUUCAAUGGUACCUAUUCUAUAGUUUGAAAUAAUUUUAUAAUUGUAAAGAUAGAAGAUAUAUUGAUAAGUCUGUAAAAUUGUAAAUAUAUAAAAAAAAGGAAUGGUGUGUGCUGUGCAUGGCCUUUCAUGUCUUUCUAGUUUAAAGUGGUGUGUUGAAUGUUGCCUUUAAUCCCAUUUUAUUUGGUUUUCCCUACUAACGUGAAUCUAGAAUAUUUAGACAUGCUUCCCUUAAAUAUUGACUCCAUCUUCAGCAGUGUGGUGACCCUACCUGUGCGGUCCUGUGUAGUCAGACACUAUGACGUCACUGAGGUGCAGGGGAAUUUUAAGUCCUAAAAGCCACUGUUCAGUAUAGUCAUUUGAAGACUUUGAACAUGCUUCUUGUCUGUCUUUCGUCUGUUCACUCAGCAGAUGUUUAUGGAGCUCUUGGAUGGAAGGGAGAGCUUGCCCUGGGUCACAGGACAGAGGAAAACGGGCUCUGCUGCUGAGAGCUGAACAGGCACCUCGGAGCUGUGGGGUUUGGGGCUCCUUUGCCUCCAGAGUGUACUCUUUGCGUUGUGGACAACCCAGACACAUGCCGGUUUCUCAGCCUUGGUAUUGCUGACAUUUGGGGCCUGAGGGCUUUUUGGUGCGGGGGCGGCCCUGUGUACUGUCGGAUGUUGGAAGCACCCCUGGCUUCUGGACCCACCAGAUGCCAGGAGCAUGCCCCACAGUUGUGAAGAAUCGUCUUCAGACAUUGCCAGAUGUUUCCGUGGGGGGGGGGGGCAAAAUCGCCCCCAGUUAAGAACCACUGAUCUAUUCUGUAAGCAGGAGAGUUAUCCUCCUGGUGAUGAAUAUGAUGUAACCAAAGAACAUGGCAGUAAGUGCUCAGAAUAAUGUUAGCUGACAUCUCAUUCAGUGGGGCCUUGUAGUCACGGUCAGUGUGGGGCCUUUUCUAACCAAGACGUGCCAUCUGUGGCCCUCCUCCCCUCAGUAACCCCCUCAAAGAUUAUCAGUGUACCUGUGAGAUUGUGAGUAAUCCCCAGGGCAGCAUGCUUGAACAAGGUCACAUCACACAUUCAAUAAAAAGGUUUCCUUUACUUUCCUAAUAUCUUGUUAAUAGUAUACCACAAAUUUGUAGUGCAGUAAUUUUGGGAUAAAACUAGGGUAAGUAUAAAACUUUAUAUUUUACUUAAAUUUACAUAUAAACCCCAUCAAGCUGACACAUCCAUUGUCAUAAGCACUGAAGACAUAAAACAGUUUACUGAGUCAGCUGAUCAAGCUCCUGUGGAAUGGAAUCAAAUGCCAGUGAGAACUUGCUCCUAGAACCCUGGGCCCAAAUGAUUUUCAAAGAAACCUCCCCACCAACCUGCUUUCUUUUCUAUGUACUUUCUAGGUGCUAAUCCAGGUAUACAUACUCUUAAUUCUCCUGGGAAUAUAUAGUUCUUUUAGUCAUUGUACAUUAUGUUUCUUAAGUAAAAUAUGCAUAUCAGCCUCCCAUUAAAGCUGUCCUCUUGAUUUCUGACAUGCUUUAAUUUUUUGAACUGAUUGUUUUGUGUAUAUCUCAUAUUGGUUGAAUUCUUCAGAUACAGACUCUUGCCUUAGGUAGAGGCUUCCAUUUCUCUUAAGUCAGCAUCAAUACUAUGGCCAGAGUUUCUGUUUCUCAACAAAAAGUAUUGAUAUUUUAUGUACUAUAAUUGUGAUUAGAAUAAAUCUUUGGAACAGAAGUCCUUAUUAAUAAAGUUUCAUGAUCCUC